GGCAUAGGACGUCCCUUCUUGUUGUUCGCCGUGGUCGACCUUGACACUCGCCGCGGCCUUGGGCACACUCGAACUGCCGCCGUCUCACUCGCUUCUACUCACUCGCGAGUGCGUGUCCCUUCACUACCUUCGUCUCAGAGGCGAACUUCGUAAUUGUAGAUUUGUGUUAAUCCGGAUAACUACGGUUCCUUGGACCUUAGCCAGACUCAUUUGCGAUGUGGCGGAAAUGGACGUCUGUGCUUGUGCUCCUCGCGUUGAGCACGCCUCCGCUGGAAGCGACGACGCCCGGCUCGAUAAGGUGCAAGGACCAAUCGGGAAGGGAUGUCGACUGGUUCGUCAUGUACAAGCUUCCCAAGAUGCAAGCGUCCAGAGAGAAUUUCGUGACGCCCAAGGGUGGUGAGUUCGUCUACGUCGACUCCAACACGCCCAAGUCAUCCCAGACAUGGAUGCUGUCGAACCAAGAUAUCUUCGACCAGGACAAUCCAGUGGCUUACACGCUCAGACCUCUUCUACGGCCUGCACAGGACAUUCUGUACGUAGUGUACAAUGACCAGCCGCCUCCCGGUUACAAUGGAACCCGAAACGGCCACUGCAAAGGCGUGGCGUUGUUCGAUAGUGGCACCGGUGUGUGGCUACUACACAGCGUUCCCCGCUUCGUGGAAGGAAUCGGCAAUGGCCGCUACAGCUUUCCCGAGAGCGGCAGGGAGAACGCGCAGCUGCUCAUGUGCAUCACUCUCCCGUCUUCCGAGAUGGACUCAAUAGGCAAGCACCUGCGGAUGGAGUACGCCAACGUGUACGCAAGAGCUAGCCCGCAGAACCUUCUGGACAGACAUCCGCAGAUGGGGCUGCUCUUCAAGGAGAGCUUCAUCCGUGGCCGCGGUCAGGAGCUGCUCGUGAGGAACAUGACGAGUUCCGGCGGCCGCCGUUUCCUCAGCGUUGCUAAGAGGGCCAUACUCGAACAAGACAUCUACUCGGCUAUACUAACGGGCCUGGUACGCGACGACCUAGUCGUUCAGUCCUGGAGGAACGGUGCCGGCGACAAGCUGCCGGCGAACUGCAGUCGCUCUUAUACAGUGACGCAUUCGGACCUGGUGAAGCUAUCGCUGCCCGAGCGGCGGUCGAUCACCUUCAAGACCGAGGAAGACCACAGCAAAUGGGCCGUGGCCGUGGAUAGACCUGUCUUCUGCAUUGGCUCCAUGAACCGCAUGGAGUCUCAAGUGAGACGAGGAGGGGAAGCAGUCUGCGUUGAAGAUAGCCUUCUGGGAAAGCUGUUCAGGAAAAGCGCCAUCGUGAACACUGGGUGCUCGCUGAACGGAGCGCGUCAGACGCCUGCCUCAACACCGGCUCCUUCAGCGGGGACAAGACGAUCGCGCAGUGCCCAGCCGCGGAAGCGAACGACGCCUACCUCAAGCCCCACCGCGGCCACAGCGAAGCCUAGCUUACGUCAGUUCCUUAUGGAUGUCGCCAUAUCGACCUUGUCGCAGCUGACACAUCCUCAGGAGCGCAAGCCGGCCUCCAGGAGGUCGCGUAAACAGAGCACAACGACGGAGCUUCCAUUGAUGGUUCAGUUCCGCAACCUUCUCAAGCCUUAAGAUGUGCCGAGCUGGAGCAAGAACUUUACUAAGAACGAGUCCGAAAAAGUAGUUGAAUGUGCUUCGCACUCACGUACAAAGAAAUUUAUGUCCGUCUGUGAAGCGACGUUAGCGCCCAGCAUGACUUGAAAGGAUUCGGCAUUUUAUGCCUCGUUUUUAAGUGCCACGAGCGUGACAAUGAGCCAAAAUUGAAGAGAGUUGUGACUCACCUGCAGGGCACGCUGGGCUCAGUACAACGCGACAUCUAUAUGUGACGUAACGCGGCGCAGCAGAUGUAAGCAUCUCAUCACUCGGCUCACAGCCUUUCCAUAUUGCAGUCAGUUUGAAGAUCACUUUUCAUAUGUCAAAUCAGUUUUGUGGAAAUCUUUUUAGUUUCGUGCUACUGCCAGUUGCUUGACAAUGUUGUCUUUUAUGAUGACUUUCCUGGAGGAAACAAUGGCAGUAUUUGUGCAAUUUACUGCGUUCGUAGGAUCGCUUUGAUCGACGUCUUAAAUGGCUUUAAUUUGCAGUAUACAUUAGGCAUCUAUUGACUUGCUAAUUCAUCACAAGGAAGCAUCCUUUCUGACAAAAAAAGUGUUUUUUUUUGCGUUACUUCAAAAAGGUGGUCAAACUCAACUACAGAUGUAUCGAAAAGAAAAUCCGAUAAAAAAGACAACGUAAAGAAACGAAAAUUUUACGCAGAAGUGAGCGUUAUCUUGCAAAUCAGUUCAGCUAAUUACGCUGGCGAUUCUUGCACACAUGAUUUUUCUCUGCCUCUAAUUUGAACUUUCAUGAUCUGACCGACAACCAUUGAUUUUAGUAUGGUAUUGACUUAACAAAACAAAAAAAAAAAACUCCUUCUUGUACGCCCUCCUACGAACCUUGAACCAUGAGACUUCACAACAAGCUAUCGACGUCUACUGGGAUGACCCAAGGAGAGGCAUGUACCCGACGGAGUUGCAGAGUAAUCCAAAACCAUGCGAACGGUAUCACGUGACCUGCGGCCAAAAUAACGGCCAAAAUAAAUCUACGCACAUCUAAAAUGGUAGUGACAAGGAUCUUUCAUAGCAGGACGCACUCUCUAAUCCCUUUACGAAAACCCGCUUUUCUGUUCAGUCGCUUUAGCGUGGGUAACAUUAUUAGACAUUCCGAACAUGAAGUUCAAGAGGACGCAGAUUUGUCUUGUAAAAGAGUUGCACAACAGCUCACCCAAAAAACAACUCACCGUUUAUAGCCAUUCUUGUUGUAGUUAUUCAGCAGACUUCAAAACACCGUUGUUAAUUUUUAUUCAUAUUACUUCAUAGAACGAUAGCGUCACCUUUGCCCGGAGCUCUCAAAUGAGAAACAGCAUAGCCACAGCUGUCAGCUGCUGAUUACAGUUAACCUGGACGUCUGUAUAAUUAAAAAUUCAAUUCUUGGGUUUCAUGCGCCAAACCCAUGAUCUGAUUAUGAGGCACGCCUUAGUGAGGGACUCCGGAUUAAUUUUUAUCACCCAGAGUCCUUUAACGUGCGCCCAAUGCGAGUUACAAGGGCAGUUUUGCAUUUUGCCCCCAUCGCAAUGCGGCCGCCGCGGUCGGAAUUUGAUCUUGCGACUUCGCGCUGAGCAGCGAAAUGCGAUAGCUACUAAGCCACCACAGUGGGUUUCGAUGCAGUGCAUUUUCUUCUUUUAUAUACAACAUAACUGAGCAAUGAAAAUGGUAACCCUUCUAGAAGUGUGACUUUAUUCAAUUUUUCAAGAGAAGCAAGUCUCUCAUCCGUGCAUUAAUAGUUACAUAAUCCAUCUGAAUAACGCUUUAAUAAAUUUUUUUUUCGACCGCAGAAUUCUCGUCGUUGUAUAAUUGUCUUGAAAAUUCACUGCAUGCUUCAUUCUGUGAGUAUUUGUGCUGUGCCACCUAUAGCUUAGCUUGCUGUGCGUACUGUUUAGUUGCAGGGCUUAUGGUUUAUAUACAGUGCCCUAGGCUGACGUUAGCCACGUUCUUACGACCGAACAACGUACUAAGUCUUAUAAUAGCAUCUCGCAGCGUGCUUUCUUAAUCUUUUUGCUUGAACAGUUUGGCUAACGUUGGCUGGGACACACAGUAUAUAAAAUGAGGCGCCGGCAAGUACACUCAUGCUAGUUGUGGAAAUUGUAAUUGAAGAGCCUGUUUCAUGGUAUUAAGAACUGCGGAUUUACUAAAGUUAAAGCGUUUUUGUGAAUUUAUCAUCUCAUUGGUCAAGGUGUCAAAAUCUGCAAUAUAUCUUCAUGGGGCUUACUCGAAGUUGUGAAAUAUGAUUUUCUAGUACCUCAACUUCCACGCGCAAGUGACUGAGCUGGGUAAUCACGCGUUAAAUGAUAAUUGCCUAAUUAGUCAUGUGAGCCCCGACACUUCAUGCAGAAGCGCAACGCUUUUACAUGUAUGACUCAUUAACAGAGACGCCGUGGACUGGCGCAGCAAUAAUGCCGCUAGAUGAGCACAAGUGGAUAAUGUCAUGCACAACAAGGCAGCGCUUCUCUCUAGCUAUCCCUUCAUUCCCUUUCUGUUUGCGCUCUAUGUCGAUAAAACGAUUAUGUAUAUGCCAGCACUUCCGUGCUGCAAGUGAUAAGGGCUUUUAACACUCCGCUAUCGCAAUAAAAAGGUACAUGAUCGUUGUUA